GCUAUUUAAAAGGCGGAGGCAAAAGCGGGCUCGGUGAUAUUUCUCUUCCGAGUCCUUUUGGGUUUUGUAACUAUCUUGUUGUGAAAGAAAAAGAAAUGGCGGAAUCAUCAUCGGUGCCAGCGGCAGCAGCAAAAUCGGAUGCGGAGACCGAAGAAUUGCUGGAUCGAAUGUUGACUAGGUUAGCUCUUUGCGAUGACUCCAAACUCCAAGCCUUGCUUUCCAAGCUUCUCCCUCUCACCAUUUCCUCUCUUUCCUCUUCAUCUCAACUUGUCCGCAACAAGGUUCUUGAGAUAUUGAGUCAUGUCAACAAGAGAGUGAAACACCAGCCUGAGAUUGGUCUACCAUUGACUGAAUUAUGGUCAAUGUAUACAGAAGCUGAUGCUACUCCAAUGGUUAAGAAUUUUUGCAUUGUUUAUAUUGAAAUGGCAUUUGAACGUGCUCCUUUGAAGGAAAAAGAAAAUUUGUCUCCUAUGCUUGUGGUAAAUAUUUCUAAACUUCCUCAGCAACACCAAGAGAUUCUCAUGAGAAUUGCUACUAAGGUAAUUGGUGAAUGUCAUGCAAGCCGUGUUGAGAAUGAGAUCGCUGCGAAGUAUAAAUUAAUGAAUGAUUCUCAUGACAGGGAUUUAUUUCUUGAAUUUUGCCUUCACACAGUUUUGUACCAACCACCAGCUCAAGGAGGAGGGAGCUCACCGGGGCUCUCCAUUGCUCAAGCUAACCGUAUUGCAGGGAAGGUUCCAUUGAAAGGUGAUAUGCUUUUAACAAGAAAGUUGGGGAUCUUGAAUCUUGUUGAAGCUAUGGAGCUGUCUCCUGAACUUGUUUAUCCUGUAUAUUUGGCUGCUAGUGCAGAUAGUCAAGAGCCUGUUGUCAAGAGAGGAGAGGAGCUCAUAAAAAGAAAGGCUUCUGGUGCUAAUUUAGAUGAUCUGAGGUUGAUUAGCAGAUUGUUUCUACUUUUUACUGGCACUACAGGUGCAGAAAAUACUGCCACGGAUUCAAGAGUCAAUCCUGGAAAUGCUACCUUGAAAGUGAAACUGAUGGCCGUAUUUUGUCGGUCCAUCACAGCAGCAAAUAGUUUCCCAUCAACCUUGCAGUGCAUUUUUGACUGCAUAUAUGGAAGUACUACUACUUCAAGGCUGAAGCAAUUGGGAAUGGAAUUUACUGUCUGGGUCUUCAAACAUUCAAAACUUGAUCAACUGAAACUUAUGGGCCCUCUCAUUCUGAAUGGGAUUGUGAAGUUGCUUGAUGGUUACUCAAAUUCAGAAUCAGAUUCAGUUGCAAGAAGCACCAGAACCUUCUCUUUUCAAGCAAUAGGCCUGCUUGCUCAGCGUCUGCCACAACUUUUCAGGGACAAAAUUGAAAUGGCUACUCGUCUAUUUCAUGCAUUGAAAGUAGAGUCCCAAUCUCUUCGUUUUAUCAUCCAAGAAGCAACAAAUUCGCUUGCUGCUGCCUACAUGGGAGCUUCAGCUGCUGUCCUAACAGAAUUGGAGUCACUGUUGCUGAAUAAUUGUCAAGUGGAAGAAAGUGAAGUCCGAUUUUGUGCUUUAAGGUGGGCAACAUCUGUGUUUGAUUCACAACAUUGUCCCAGUCGAUUUAUCUGUAUGCUUGGAGCAGCUGACUCUAGGUUGGAUAUAAGGGAAAUUGCACUUGAAGGGUUAUUUCUUGGUAAGGAUGCAGGGCAAAUAAUCAGUCAAAAUUUGGAUCAUAGAUAUCCCAAGCUUGGAGAGAUGCUUGACUAUAUUCUUAAGCAGCAGACAAAGUUGUUAGAUUCAUAUGAAAUGAGGGAACAAAAGCUUCUUUUUCCAUCAAAAAUGUAUGUGGCAAUGAUUAAAUUUUUGUUGAAGUGCUUUGAGUCUGAGUUGGUGCAAAACAGCUCCUUAGGAAGAUCAUCUGAAUUUCUGUCUUCAGUGGAAAGAAUGUGCUUGCUACUAGAGCAUGCUAUGGCAUUUGAAGGCUCUGUCGAGUUACAUUCUACUACUUCCAAGGCAUUGGUAACAAUCGGAUCUUAUCUUCCAGAGAUGGUAUCAUCACACUUUGCUUCAAGAAUAUCAUGGUUAAAGCACUUAUUAAGUCAUGUGGACAUGGAUACCCGUGAAUCUGUGGCACGUUUGCUUGGAAUUGCUUCCUCUUCUCUUCCGGUUACUGCAUCAUCUGACCUUAUACGUGAACUGGUCUCCUUGUUCAGUGGAACAAACAAAAGGUUUGAAGUGCAACAUGGAGCACUAUGUGCUACAGGAUUUGUCACUGCUGAUUGUGUUUCCAGAUCACCUUCUAUCCAAGAGGAACUAUUGCAAAAUACACUUAAAUGCCUUGUUGACGUUGUUAAUUCUGAGAGUGCAACAUUGGCCUCAAUUUCUAUGCAAGCACUGGGUCACAUUGGGCUCUCUGGAUCAUUACCUUCACUUGUCUGUGAUUCUAGUUCAGUUAGCAUUCUGGAGCUUUUGAAUGAAAAGUUGAGCAAGCUACUCUCUGGGGACGACAAUAAGGCGGUGCAGAAAAUUGUUAUCUCUAUCGGGCAUAUGUGUGUGAAAGAAACUUCUGCUUCUGACAUGAAAAUUGCGCUUGAUUUGAUUUUUAGUCUUUGCCGAUCAAAGGUUGAGGAUAUUUUAUUUGCUGCUGGAGAAGCUCUAUCAUUUAUCUGGGGUGGUGUUCCUGUAACUGCUGAUGUGAUUCUCAAGACCAACUAUACUUCACUUUCCAUGACUUCAAAUUUUCUUAUGGGUGAUAUGAAGUUAUCUUUGUCCAAAUAUAGUUCUGAUGAGAAAAAUGUGGUCAGUGAAGAUUGCCAUAUGGUGGUUAGAGAUACUAUCAGUAAAAAAUUAUUUGAUGCUCUUUUGUAUAGUAGUAGAAAAGAAGAGCGUUGUGCUGGAACUGUCUGGCUUCUAUCACUGACAAUGUAUUGUGGUGAUCAUCCUACCAUCCAACAAAUGCUUCCAGAAAUUCAGGAGGCGUUUUCGUUCCUACUAGGUGAGCAGAAUGAGCUUACGCAGGAGCUUGCAUCCCAAGGCAUGAGCAUUGUUUAUGACCUUGGUGACACAUCAAUGAAGAAAAACCUGGUUGACGCACUUGUCACCACUUUGACUGGUUCAGGAAAGAGGAAAAGAGCGAUCAAGUUGGUAGAAGACUCGGAAGUAUUUCAAGAAGGGACUAUUGGUGAAAGUCUUAGUGGGGGGAAACUGAGCACUUACAAGGAGCUCUGCAAUCUCGCAAAUGAGAUGGGACAACCAGAUUUAAUUUAUAAAUUUAUGGAUUUGGCUAAUUAUCAAGCCUCACUAAAUUCCAAGAGAGGUGCUGCUUUUGGAUUUUCUAAGAUAGCCAAGCAAGCAGGUGAUGCUCUUCAACCACACUUAAGAUUAUUGAUUCCAAGGCUCGUUCGCUACCAAUAUGAUCCUGAUAAAAAUGUGCAGGAUGCUAUGGCACAUAUAUGGAAAUCACUAGUGGCUGACCCCAAGAGGACCAUUGAUGAAAACCUGGACUAUAUCUUCGAUGAUCUUCUAGUACAAUGUGGAUCUAGGCUUUGGCGUUCUCGUGAGGCAGCUUGUCUUGCCCUUGCAGAUAUUAUCCAAGGUCGAAAAUUUGAUCAGGUUGGGAAGCAUUUGAAGAAAAUCUGGCUUGUUGCGUUUCGUGCCAUGGAUGACAUCAAGGAGACAGUGCGGACUGCUGGUGACAAACUAUGUCGUGCUAUAACUUCACUAACAAUAAGGCUCUGUGAUGUAUCUCUUACUGAAGCACCAGAUGCAAGCCAAUCGAUGGAUAUUGUUCUUCCCUUUCUGCUUGCAGAAGGCAUAUUGAGUAAAGUUGACAGUAUACGGAAGGCAUCAAUUGGAGUUGUUAUGAAGCUUGCCAAGGGUGCAGGAAUUGCACUUCGCCCACAUUUAUCUGAUUUAGUUUGUUGCAUGCUGGAAAGCUUAUCAAGCCUAGAAGACCAAGGACUCAAUUAUGUUGAGUUGCAUGCUGCAAAUGUUGGAAUUCAAACAGAGAAGCUAGAAAAUCUGCGACUUUCAAUUGCAAAAGGAUCUCCAAUGUGGGAGACACUUGACUUGUGCAUAAAUGUUGUAGAUGGCAAAUCAUUGGAGCUGUUGGUUCCACGUCUUGCUAACUUGGUUCGAUCUGGAGUUGGCCUGAAUACUAGGGUUGGUGUUGCCACCUUUAUCAACUUACUAGUUCAGAAAGUUGUUGUGGGUAUCAGACCCUAUAGCAACAUGCUAUUGAGGUCAUUGUUUCCUGUUGUAAAGGAGGAGAAAAGUACCGCAGCAAAACGUGCAUUUGCAGGUGCUUUGGCAAUUGUUUUGAAGCAUUCAACUCCUUCUCAAGCCCAGAAAUUGAUAGAAGACACUGCUGCUUUGCACGCUGGUGACAGAAAUGCUCAAAUAUCAUGUGUAUAUUUGUUGAAAAGCUAUUCAUCCAUUGCUUCAGAUGUUUUAAGUGGAUAUAAUACAGUGAUCAUCCCGGUGAUUUUUACUUCAAGAUUUGAGGAUGACAAACAUGUUUCUGGCCUUUUUGAGGAGCUCUGGGAAGAAAGCACAAGUGGCGACCGAAUAACACUACAGUUGUAUAUGGGGGAAAUCGUCUCCCUUAUUUGUGACAGCAUUGCAUCAUCUUCAUGGGCAAGUAAACGGAAAUCAGCUAAGGCAAUCUGCAAGCUUAGUGAGGUUCUGGGUGAUUCCUUGUCCUCUUAUCAUGUUCUUCUAACAUCUCUUAUGAAGGAAAUUCCUGGUCGUUUAUGGGAGGGGAAGGAAACAUUAUUAGAUGCAAUCAGUGCUCUUUCUGUGUCCAACCAUAAAGCAAUUUCCAUGGAAGAUCCUGCUCUUCCUGGUACCAUUUUGAGUCUGGUGUCUUCAGCGUGUACAAAGAAAGUCAAGAAAUACCGUGAAGCUGCUUUUUCUUGUCUUGAACAGGUUAUAAAAUCCUUUGGCAAUCCGGAGUUCUUUUGUCUUGUUUUUCCUAUGCUAUUUGAUAUGUGUAACUUGACUUCUCCCAAUACAACCGGACGAGCUCCUUUGGCAAGUGACACCACUAAAGCAGAAUCUGAUGAUGCUGAAGAUGUUUCUAUUCCAGUUGACAAACUGAUGAACUGCAUUACAUCUUGCAUCCGGGUGGCAUCAGUAACUGACCUUGUUGAAAACAAAAAGAAGUUGAUGGAUGUAUUCUCUAUUUCCCUUUCACCUGGUUUCCAGUGGACCGUCAAAAUGUCGGCCUUUUCCUCCGUAAAAGAACUUUGCUCAAGGCUCCAAUCCAAUUUGAAUGACUUUCAAGGCACCUCUUUACAUGCUCACACGACUGCUUUUAUUCAUGAGUUGUUCUCUUCUGUGUCACCUAAACUAGUGGAGUGUAUAAGCACAAUAAAAAUUUCUCAGGUUCACAUUGCUGCCUCGGAGUGCCUCCUAGAAAUCGCCCAGUUGGGCAGAUAUAUUUCAGCAACAAAUUGGAGAGAUAUUGGACUGGAGGGUGAAGUUGUGCAGCUAAUUGAGAAGGAAAAGAACGAGCAGGCAAGAUCUACGUUGAAAAAAUGCAUCGACAACCUCCAAAAUUUCGAGCGAGCAAAUGCUGAAUCAAACUGAAUAUGGGAAUGGAAGUGGAACUGUCCAAGAAUGUCAUCAAUAGGAUGUUACGGGGUCAUGCCCAGAAGUGACUGUAAUUCUAUAAUGUAGACCAACAAAAGAAACUAAAGAAACAAAAAUUCCAACGGAAAAUUUACUCUCUUCUUACUGGAAACUAGAAAAAUACAAAACAUUAAAAAUAAAUUAAUAUAAUAUCAUUUUAACAUAA